GGCAGGGGCGGUGGAAAUCCAAAUUAUCGCGAACUGCUGUUGAACGAACAUCAUGUGGAGCAGGCUCCGCAAAGUAACGGUUUCUUGCCACGCUUGAGCAGCAGUUGCGUGAAUGGCAGAGAUGAACUAGAACAAAGACAGAGAACCACGGAACAGGAUUACUACGCCUCCAACGGGGGCGGGGGCGCCAUAGAAAUGCAAACCUUUCACCGACGCCACACGGGGGGACCUCCUCCGGGUGGAACAGGUCCUGGCAUGAUCGAUUACGGUGGUCCAGAUCAUUACCACGGGCACGGUCACGAGAAACAGCAGGCAGCGCGACUUCUCGACCACACAGGCGGCGGGGCGGCUGGAGACGCCGGCUUUCGACAGAUCGGACAAGAAAUAAACCUUCAUCACGACGCAUUCACCUCCGAGCAAAGGAACAAAUCGACCGACAAAAACAUGAAAGAGAGAAGCAGGGGCACCAACAGCAGAAUCGCCACACAAGAUCGCCACCAGGUCGUUUACGGAGGUGGCCCGCCCCGUGCGAUUGAAUUGGCAAACAUGAACAUGUCGAUUGGGGAACAAAGCCCCAGCAGGGUGACGUCUUCGAGCCGCCGAACCUACGGACCGCCGGCGAUGGAGAUGUUUUUCCAGGAGGACGACAUACAUCCCGGUGGCGCCUUCGAGUAUUCGAACCCUUUUGAAGCAGCCGCCGUUCCUCUUCCUGACGGCAGCAGGGAGGGGAGUAGAUCGCGUCCGCAGGAGGGCCGUGUAGAGCGCGAGAUGCUCGUCUCGCGCGCGAACAGACCGGUUCAUGCGCAGGCAAAGGACCAGGUAUUCUAUUCAGAUACAAACUUCACAAAACAAUAAAUCAAUGUGGGAUGAAAGCAGCUGUUUAUGAUUUUCUGUACUACUACUACAGUCAUUCUUGCGCCGCGAUGGAUGAACAAGCACUUCACGACUUUGAUAUGAUGUUGGCGUUAGCUUCAAUCGCACGUCGUGUCGCAGGUUCUCAAGACGCAAGAAAGAAACGCACUCUACUUUAUUUUUUCCGCAAUGAAAAAAUCUUCUAACGAACUCCCAGUCACGUCACAAACAUGGAGAGCACCAUUUUGCGGCAGAGGAGCAAGACAUGCAGGAGCUGCGGAAAAGACAGGACCACCACCACGCUCACAAACUUGGGGAGGUUCUGCAAGCCGCGGCGCUCGCGGCGCGUCUCGAAGAUAUCCGGUUGGCGCAACAACUACAACAGCAGCAAAAUUAUCCUACAGCGAGCGGCGCUAGAAGUAGUCGCGAGCAACCGCAUGUUGAACAGGAACAGCGACAUCAGCAGUUGAUGCAAGAACAGCAAGGGGCAAGCUAUCGCUCCAAUGCCUCAAGCGCAGACGACUCUGCUGCCGUGCCGCGCGAUCGGAGAGUCCACGCGAGCUCGUCGGAGACGUGCCACUUUGGCGUUACAGCAGAUAGGAGUACGACUGAGGAGAAGAACAAGAACAUGCAGGACGAGAGUGUCGCAGCUUCUCCUCCUGCUGCUUCCCUGAUGUUGCCUCCAGUAGGCCGCGACCCGGGAGCGGGCUCCUCCUACCAUAACGAUCCUUCCAUGGUUCAACGUCAGCAGCGGCUGCAAACAGCACGAGGACAAGAGGAAGACCAUUCGCGUGUUGGAGGAGGACCUUUUCAUCUGCCAGGAGGAGGUGCCGCCCCCCGUGCUGGUCAACCCCGGCAACACUUGCACGUCUCCUCACAUCACGCCAGCAUCCCCAGCCUGCUCUCAGAUCUGGGUGGGGAAAAAACUACAUCAGGAAGUGGUGAUCUUCGAGAUGGCCGCGCUGCAGCUCUUGUUCAGGAGCCCCGCCAAUUACUACAUCAAAACGUUGCCAGGAAGGUGGCGCCGGGAGGUGGGGGUGCAGCAACUUCUACAUCUGUGAGGAUAAAUGCGAAUCUUCUAGAUAGAAGUAGUUCUGGUUCUCCAGUAAGGCGGCAACACUUCGCAGAGCUAGAGUCGCUGGGGCCUCGAGAGUUCCAGGUGAUGGAGCGGCGAACGACCUCCGAGAGGAGGACAAGUCGGGAGCAGAAUCGAAAACGGAUCGCCGACGUGGCUGGUCUCUCGCCCGAAGGUGCAGCCGCGGCGAGCAUGGAAGCAAUUCAGCGGAAGCAGCGCCUGGCAGCUGCGGAAGCGAGGGCGACGCAGGAACGGACUCGAGGGGGCGUAUCGGAAAAGCGGGCGAAGCAAAUGAUGCAGGAAGCAAAAGACACAGAUAGGUAGCAAAAGCAGAGAAGGCGGCUCCUGUGCCAGCAGCCGCUUUUAACGAUAGCAUCUAUGCUCAUGGUGCAACUACGUCUGUGUCUGUGUGUGUCACGAUCUUUUUGCACCAGAUGAUGAAGAUCAAGACUCUAUUUCCUUUCCAUCCGCCGUCUUUUACUUUUUUGCCGUUGGACGAAACAUUUUCGUAGAGCAGCCAUCAAUAAAAACAAAAAGAAAAUGAAAAUCACAACUACCCUCAAUGCGAGCGAAAAUCUCCUUGAUGCAUACGACUAUAACACCUAAAAACGAGUACGAGCACCCGUUGUAUUUGCGAAAGACACACAACAUCUUGCCCCGUCGAGAGAGAAGCCGUUCUGUUCCGAGUACCAGGAGCUGCUACCCUGUUGUUGCACAUAGGGAAACCAAGCAAAGUUUCCGCAUAUUAGCUUUAAAAAACGCGACUCGAUCGAGUUUCCUACUAAAAACAGGUCCACUAGUUCAUUCUGUAUGUCGCCUACCCAAUGAAAUGGAAUAUCCCCACCAAAAGACAAUUUCUUGAAUUUUAGUGAUAUAUACGCAGUCAGAAUCAAUAAGAUUAAGAUUAAUAUGGCACCUCCACCAUCCACUUGCACUUGCAAGAUUUUCCGAUCGCGAUCUUGAC